GGGCUGCUGACGCAGGUGGACUGAAACCAGGCUACUUCGGCGUCUGCCUUUCGGGAGCAGUGACAGUGUGUUGCUGUCAUAGCAAAGAUGAAGAGGUGCUUUGGGCUUUUGCUUGUGUCGCUCAUCUUUUGCGCAAUGUUCUGUGAGACUAUCGGGAUGGUUACUGCGGCAAAGGAGAAGAGGGGCUGGACUCUCAAUAGUGCUGGCUACCUUUUAGGUCCCCGUCGGAUAAUUCAGAUAAAGGAUUCACCCAGUGCCAGAGGCAGAGACAAGCUGAUCAUUCAAUAUGGAAUAGAUGGACACAGGAUACUGGGAGAUAAGCCUGGUCUUGCUGGCAAGAGAGACAUGGACUGGGAGGAAAACAUCCAAACUGGUGGCCAAAGGAAAGCGGAAGAAGACAUUGUCCACACCCUCAUGGACUUCCUGUCAUACCUCAAAUUUAAAGAAAUGGGAGCCUUGCAAAGCCUGACUUCUUCUGUGACAUCAGAUGAAAUGGCUAAUCCAUAGCCACGUCACCCUUCGCUCUCUAACCUCCUCUACCCAAUAUUUUGUUUUGCUGGAAGACCUUUUGUUACUUUAGAGCAGGGAUGUCCAAAGUCUAGGUACUCACAUCUAAUGUAAUAUCAGAACACAUGUCAUUAACACCACGCAACUUGUGGGGAGUU